ACAAUAGAAGAACAUACCGACGACAAGACGACUACUGAACAAGAGGAGGUGGACGAAGACCUUGAAGAAAUGACGAUUAGCCACCCAACCGAAGAUGAUCAAAGGGAUGAUGUCAUGAAAUUCACUUAUAAUGGAGUCCAGAUAACCAAAAGUACUGGGAUACUGGACAAGAAAAAUGACGAAGUGAGGGAGUUGGCAAGCAAACUGAAAGAUGAUGGAUUAGUGCAAGACGUAGGAAAGGAGCAUCAUCAAGAGAAGGUGACGGACCGACCGGAAGAUAUAUUGACAAACGACAAGGCAGAAGGGAGUCUUGAUGAGAAGAUGUGCCUGAGCCGCAAAGAGAAGUCGACCGUGUAA